AUGGCCGUCCCUCCCAAAUUCGCUGGUCUCAAGCUCACCGCUGCUAGUUUCCAGGAAAGUCAUACACUGGAACUAUACCUUGACUAUGUCUGCCCAUUCUCAGCCAAGAUGUUCAAUACUUUCUAUGAGUUGAGCCCUAGAAUUGCGGCACAGUAUGGUUCUCGACUCCAGGUUAUCUUUCGGCAGCACAUUCAGCCAUGGCACCCAUCUUCCACCCUCACCCACGAGGCUGCUGUUGCGGUCCUCCGUUUGGCUCCAGAGAAGUACUGGGAGUUUAGCGCCGCUCUAUUCAAGCACCAAACUGAAUUUUUCGACAUCAGCGUGGUGAACGAAACCCGCAACAAGACAUACGAAAGAUUGGCCAAGAUUGCUGGAUCCGUAGGUGUGGACGAAGGGAAGUUCUUGGAUUUAUUGAAGAUCCCAGAAACCCCCGGAGAGAGUGGGCAAUUGAAUGCGGGCAACAAGGUCACCAAUGACUUGAAGUGGAUCAUCAAGGCAAGUACGGAUCGAGUAAUUGGAGUUCAUGUUUCGCCAACGGUAUUUUUCAAUGGCGUGGAGGAGCGAGGCACCAGCAGCAGUUUCACUGUAGAGCAGUGGGAAGAAUGGCUGGCCAAGAACGUGGUUUGA